CAAUCAGGAGGCGUGUUGUUGGCGCGGAGCCCCGCCCCCAGCAGGGGCAGAGGGUGACGGGCGAGGGUCAUGGGGUGUAAGCGAUCCUGAGCGACCGAGCCCCCGAGGGCCGCGGCAUCCCCUCGCCCCGCAGCCGCGAACAGCGCGCCGGCGCCUCCCUCGCCCGCCCGUCCACCCCCCGGCGGCGGCGCGGCCCAUGCGGCUGGGAGCGGGAGCCGGAUCCUGCGCGGGCGGGGCGUCUCAGGUGUGGCCGGCGGCCCGCGGAGGUGAGGGGGCGGCGGCGGCGGCGGCGGGUCCCUGCCCGGCCCGGUGAUUGGCCGCCAGCUGAGGGCCGCGAGGCGGCCGGGCUGGGAGGAGCCGGCUAGCAUUGUGCGCGCGGAACCGGGAAGAUGCUGCUGUCCCUGGUGCUCCACAUGUACUCGAUGCGCUGCGUGCUGCCGGCCGCCGUGCUCCUGGGCACAGCCCCCACCUACGUGCUGGCCUGGGGGGCCUGGCGGCUGCUCUCCGCCUUCCUGCCCUCCCGCUUCUACCAGGCGGUGGACGACAGGCUCUACUGCAUCUAUCAGAGCAUGGUGCUCUUCUUCUUCGAGAACUACACCGGGGUGCAGAUAUUACUAUAUGGAGAUUUGCCAAAAAAUAAAGAAAAUAUAAUAUAUUUAGCAAAUCAUCAAAGCACAGUUGACUGGAUUAUUGCCGAUAUUCUGGCCAUCAGGCAGAAUGCUCUGGGACACGUGCGCUACGUGUUGAAAGAUGGGCUGAAAUGGCUUCCACUGUAUGGCUGUUAUUUUUCUCAGCAUGGAGGAAUCUACGUAAAGAGAAGUGCCAAAUUCAAUGAAAAGGAGAUGAGGAGGAAGCUGCAGAGGUACAUGGACGCAGGGACUCCAAUGUAUCUUGUGAUUUUUCCAGAGGGAACAAGGUAUAAUCCAGAACUAACAAAAGUCCUUGCAGCUAGUCAAGCAUUUGCUGCUCAAGAAGGCCUUCCAGUAUUAAAACAUGUGCUGACACCAAGAAUUAAGGCAACUCACGUAGCUUUUGAGUCUAUGAAGGACUAUUUAGAUGCAAUUUAUGAUGUCACGGUGGCGUUUGAAGGGACUGUGGACGACAAAGGGCAGCGGAAAGAAGCACCAUCCAUGGCUGAAUUUCUCUGCAAAGAUUCUCCAAAAAUUCAUAUUCACAUUGAUCGGAUAGACAAAAAAGACGUCCCACAAGAGCAAGUAUAUAUGAAGAGAUGGCUUCAUGAGCGCUUUGAAGUAAAAGACAAAUUGCUUAUAGAAUUCUAUGAUUCACUGGAUCCAGAAAGAAGAAACAAAUUUCCUGGAGAAAGUGUUACUUCUAAACUAAGUCUCAAGAAGACUUUACCAUCACUCUUGAUCUUAAGUGGUUUGACUGCUGGGUUGCUCAUGACCGAGACCGGAAGGAACCUGUACGUAAAGACGUGGAUUUAUGGAAGCUUGAUUGGCUGCUUGUGGGUUAGUAUUAAAGCGUAAACAAGCAGCUGCCUCCGGGCAGCGGGAUGUGCCGCACUAUUUAUUAUUGGCGGCUGCACAUAACCUGCGGUUGUUCCUGAAUUUAAUGAGAAGUGUAAAUAAAGCCUUGUUGACUGAACAUUGGAUAAAAUAGAAUUUCUGACUAAAGCCAAUAUGCAUUUGGUCUUGGGCAAACAUACACGGCUUCACAACGUUAGUGCGGAAGCUGCCGGAAGGGAAAAGAUAAGCAGAGUUUGUGUGACACUUGGCAUUUCCUAUGAACUAAUGUCAACUCCAGACGACUGUUAGGACUAUGCACUUUGUUAUUGUCUUGUCGUUCAGAUAGCUGCCUUCAGGAACGUUAAUUUGCAGUGUAUGUCACCGUGUUUGUUGUUUUCAAUUUUUCACAACUCGACUGGUCCAAACUCUUAUCACUAAACUAUUUAGUAUCCUGCAGCUGUGUAAUAUUUUGCUUUUUGCUUAAUUUCUCCAAGUCAAUGAAAGAUGCUGUGGGUAAGUCUCAGGAGGACGUGAGGAGAGGGCCGAGAAGUGUUCGCGGGCGGUCUGGUCAGCACGCGCUUUUAUUGUCCCGGGGUAUUAGCUGCUUUCACGUUCUAUUUGCAAAGUAAUUAGCAUUUCUAAUAUUUAUUGAAAUUGCUUCGUUUGCACACCCUGUACCCUGUACAAAAGAAUAAUGUAUAAAAUACGAGAAUUAAGUUUAAGCCAAUAUUGCGGCCCUGAUUCAUUGCAGCCGAACUUUAAAUUGCUCAGCUUUUUCAAGAUUGAAGCCGAGCUCCCGGGACUUCACGACAUUUGUGCCAUAAGUACUUGAAAACCUUAAUAAGGCGUCCUGUUACUUUUAGAUCAAAAUAAUCAGCGUGAGCCUUUGUUGGAGCCAAGAUGGUGGGAGCUCUCACACACGUGACCCAAUUUCCUAGCAUGAGCCUUUCGCCUGGUUCUCUGGGUUUAGCAAAACAUUUAAUCCAGAAAUCAUGUUUUCUGUCACCAUGGUCGAUUUCCGCUGUACGCAAGUCCUCUUCCCCCCCCGCUCCCCGGCAGCAGCGCUGCUGGGUCGCUGGCUCCCUGGCUCCCUGCGUGGCCAGCGUGUCCUGCUGCGGAGCUGGAUCACUUAAGUGCCCGUGAGCCAGCUCACCGGCUGUGGCAAAGGCGUUUUGCAUUCGUCUAUGUCAAGAAAUCACCUUCCUCAAGCCAGUGAAAUACAGACUUAACCCACCAGGACGGAGUGAAUUUGUUUAGUUCCCAUGAGUAUUAAUGGAGCCAUACAGUUAAUCUGUGUCACCUCAAAAGAAGAGCUGUGUUUCAGGAACCCAAUCACACAAUUUUUAGUCAUGGAACAAUAUAUCCCCUGGAAGAGGACUUUUCUAAAAGUGUGAUCUGCUCUAUUUUUAUGUUACAAUCCAAACUUGAUAGCUACUAGUCCUUUAAGAUAACAUUUCUGCUUGUUGGUAAUGGAUUUUUGCUGCAAAAUUAUAUCAGUGUCUCAGAUGCAACACACCAAUUGAAUCAUGAUAAUCAAAAUGGAACUCAUAGUUAAGGGAAAUUGUGUCGAGUUUUCCAGAACCAGAGUCAGCCAUUUCAAGAACUGGGCGGCAGGGACUGGUUUGUGUGCGUUAGUGUGCACACGUUUUCACACAUUCCCACGGGAUACAGUUGGCCUAAUUAUGAAUGGGGCUGUAGGUAGAACUUACGAAACAUGUUCUCAUGCCAAACUGCAAUUUUCUCUUACUUGUAAAGUUCACUUUAGAUCAAUCCAUGUUGUGUAACUUACUUUGAGUGUCAUGGACAUGCUCUAAGUUUAAAUUUUAAGCAGCAGUCCCACUGGAACGAUGUUGAUUGUAAGUGAGUUGGAGAAGGCAGAGUGAGUUGCAUAAGAUCACUGGAACAUCGUGUUUCUUGUAACCAUCCUUAUAUUUGUCUCAUAAAAGGUCUAUAAUAUAUUUGUUUAAAAAUUUUGUAUCAAAAUAUUUGGAAAAUUAGAAGCUUCUUUUUAACAUGUAUUGAUAUGACUUGAAUUACUAUUUUCUGAAAUUAAGAGCCCUGUGUCUACCUAUAAAUCGUUUCACAUAGAUAUCAUUUAAGCUUUUGUUUGUGCUAUUUUUAUUGUUGAUUUACAGCUUAGUUAUUACUUGGGUUUCCUUUAAAAGAAUGCAAUCAGCGUGCAUGCUUUUAUGUUUUUCACAAAAGGGUGUUUGGAUGAAAGUAAAAGAAAAAAAUAAAAUCUUUCACUGUCUCUAA